AUGAACAGGGACGAUCUCUUCAUACCUGAAGGAGGAUUAAGGCAAUCAGCUAUUAAAAUCUUAAUAGUUAUCACCGAUGGCACUUCAAAUGAUCAUCCUCAUCUCAAAGGUGCUGUUGAAAGAGCGGAAAAGAAGAAUAUCAUCCGAUUUGCUGUUGGGAUCGGUGAAGCGUUUGAUGAUUUCGAGUCACAGCAGCAGUUAGAAAUGAUUGCAUCCGCUCCGGCUGCUGAAUAUGUGUUUAACGUCACUGACUUUGAUGCACUGGACAAUAUCCGUGAACAACUGGAAGAGAACAUCGCAAUUGAAGGAGUCCUAUCGACUGGAGAUUCUGCCACAAUGGAGUUCGCUCAGGAGGGAUUUAGUGCAGCAUUUGCAUCAAAUGUAAGCCUGAUUAUGAGUUCUGUGGGCGCUUUCCAAGGUAAGGGUGGAUAUCAAGAGUACUCUCAAAAUGGAGAUUCAUCAGACUUCCACAUGGGAAUUGAGCAAGAUAGUUAUUUAGGUUAUUCAAUGACAAUAGCAGCGCAGUCUAAGAAAAGGUUUGUUAUUAUGGGAGCACCACGAUUCAGGCAUAAAGGACAAGUGAGCAUUUCAGAAAUUGGAGAUAACACAACUAACAUGCUGGUGGAUUCGCCCAAGCCUCAGAUUGGUGCAUACUUUGGAGCCGAGGUCUGUGUAGUCGAUCUGAACUCUGACACGAAAACAGAUCUUCUAUUAAUAUCUGCACCCACAUAUACAGACACUCAUUCUGAAGGCAGAGUUUUUGUGUACAUUUACUCUCGACUGCCAUAUUUCAGUUUUUCUGGUGUGGUGCUGAUGGGCAUGGCCGGUCAGAGGGGUCGCUUUGGCUCUUCUCUGGCCAGUCCAGCAGAUCUGAAUGGUGAUGGUUUUAUGGAUGUGCUGGUUGGUGCUCCGUUAGAGGAGGAUGGACAGGGCAGCAUCUACAUCUUCAAUGGAGGCACAGAUCGAAUAAAUCCAACAUAUUCACAGAGGAUUCCUGGAUCAUCUGUGCGCUCUGGUUUACAGUUUUUUGGAUUAUCUCUGAGUCAGUCCUCUUUAGAUCACAGCGGAGACACUCUACCAGACAUUGCUGUUGGAUCUAAAGGAGCAGUUUUGAUUUUAAGGUCCAGACCUAUGGUGUCCGUGGUUUCAAAAGUAACCUACAGCAGCUCCACAAUCUCAACCAGUGAAACAAACUGCUCAAGACCUCUGGAGAACACCAUGACUGUGUGCUUUAACAUGAGUGGAUACAAACAUGCUAUUACAGAUUUGACUGCAAAUAUUGAGUAUACGUUAAAUCUGGAUGCCAAGCAAAAUAACCGCAGAGCAUAUUUCUUGAACAAAUCUCAUAUCCUUAGUGAUACUGUGAAGGUUACACUGGAGGAGGUGUGCAAAGACCAUCCUUUCCUCAUAGAGGCUUGUACAGAGUAUUUUCUCAACCCGCUUAUAAAUGAAUUAAAGUUUACUUUUGAGGGCCUGCCCUCUAAAAGACUGGACAACUUGAAGCCUGUUCUCUUACCAUGGACAAAAGACAAAUCACUCUGGAAGGUUGAUUAUGAUCUAAACUGUGAAACAGAUCUUUGUGUUGACAACCUCAAAGUGGACUUCAACUUAAAGGAAUCUUCAAACAUAGAGAUUGGGGUAAUGCAGGAGAUCAGUCUGUCUGUGUUUGUGGAGAACAGAGGAGAAAAAUCAAUCCACACUCAGUUCAGCCUCAUUUAUCCCUUCGGACUUUCCUACAGGAAAAUUAUGCCUCGGCUGGGCAGAGUGAAUUGUUAUUCUUCAGAUGGCAUUCAAGAAGUCUCAAAGGGAGAGACCGUUUGUCAGAUCAACAACCCUAUAUUUGAAGGAAACACUUCUGCGGUGUUUGACAUUCUUUAUAUUAUUAACAAAGAAAGUCAUUUUGGCCAAACUGUGACAUUCACAGCAUCUGUUUCCAGCGGCAAUGCGAAUCACUCUGAAAAGAGUGAGCUAUCAAAAAUAAAAAACAUUGGAGUAAAACAUGCUGUCUAUGUUGUCCUGCUGAGACAUAAAGAUUCCAGUUCUUACAUCAACAUCACAAGAGGGAAAAAUUAUCAUGAAAAACCAGUGAAACAAAUAGUGGAGGUGACGAAUGAGUUUAGAGAGCUAAAUGUAACUGUUUUCAUUAGAGUACCUAUUAAACUGGGAGCUAAAAACAUCUGGACUGAUAAAAUCCUACAGAUUCCAGGCUGCCUUAGGAAAAGUGACGAGCCGCCAACAAACCGUGAUUUUCUGACCGUUCUCAAAAAGACAAAUGUAUUAAACUGCUCUGUGGCGGUGUGUGCGGCGUUCAGGUGUGAUGUGAAUCUGAUGAGAAAUGAAAGGAAGUUCUAUAAUAUUUCAGGCAAUGUGAGCUCUGGAUGGAUUGAGCAGACUGGAAUUAGGUCGGCUUCUUUCGAGCUGGUCAGUACCGCAUCCCUGGAGUAUGAUGAGAAAAAAUACAUCUAUUUUUCUGAUUCCAUCAAUUCUGCAACGGUUUGCGAGGUGAGCACAUAUGUGGAAGUUUAUGAGGAACACUUUUUCCUAAAGGAGGUCAUUGGAGGAGUUAUUGGAGGAUUGUUUAUCGUCUCACUCAUCACAGCCGCACUCUAUAAGGCUGGCUUUUUUGAAAGAAAGGCCAAGCAGCAGAUAAAGGAUUUAGCGCAAGAUGCUGAUGAACUGGAAAAUCUAGAUUAAUACAUAUAAUACUCAGUUGAUUCAUGACUAACAGUUGA